CUGAUCAUUGUAGGGCUGAACCUUAGUAGGCUAUGCCCUCGAAGACGUCUCACUUGUAAAGAGAAACCGACAAUGACAAGAAUGGAAACACUGUUCCUGUCCUUGAGUAUUUUAGCAGGCAUUACAGGCGUGACAGCAAACAAUCUGGCUCUAAAUGGAAGGGCUACCCAGUCAGAUACAUGGGAGGAUGGCAUUGCCAUAAAUGCGAUUGAUGGAAACCGUGACUCAAAUUACUAUCACGGAUCCUGCACUGCCACUGCCUCACAGACCAACCCCUGGUGGAGGGUGGACCUGAGGAAGGAGUACAUCAUCACAUCUGUGGCCAUCACCAACAGAGGAGAUGGCUACCCCGAGAGACUCGACGGAGCCGAGAUUCACAUUGGCAACUCCCUUACUGACAACGGCAACGAAAAUCCACUGGCUGGAGUAAUAUCCUCUAUUCCAGCUGGGAGAACCCUGACCCUCAGGUGGAGCAAUGGGGUCAAUGGUCGCUAUGUCAAUGUGUUUCUGCCAGGCCCCCAAAAGACUUUAACUCUCUGUGAGGUCGAGGUUUAUGGCUAUUUGACACCAACUGGUGAGAAUGUGGCCUUAAGAGGAAAAGCCACUCAGUCACACCUUCACCUACUCGGCUUUGCUUACAACGCUAUUGAUGGGAAUCGGGAUGGUAUAUGGGGACAUGGGUCCUGUAGUUGCACAGAGGCUCACCUUAACCCUUGGUGGAGGGUGGACCUGCUCCAGACACACAAAGUCUUCUCAGUGAUCAUCACCAACAGGCUGGAUGGGUAUACCACUCGGCUGAAUGGGGCUGAAAUCCGGAUUGGCAAUUCCUUGGACAACAAUGGCAUCAACAACCCCAGGUGUGCUGUAAUCUCCUCUAUUCCUGCUGGGUAUUCUGAGACGUUUCAGUGCAAUGGCAUGGAGGGACGUUAUGUGACUGUGGUGAUACCUGGACGUGCAGAGUUUCUCACUCUCUGUGAAGUAGAGGUGCACGGAUCACCACUGGACUGAAGCUCUUCAAAACAACACACAUCAUCCAUUAUGUUUUCCUUUGAAGAAAACACAGCCGUAAUGAAUGUCAUCAUUUGAGAACCCAAAAGGAAUUGUGAUUUUAUGUAGGAGUGUGAAUUAAACACUAUGUUUAUCUGUGUG